AACAUGAGUGUUCCAGGACAGAGAGCAGGUAUCCCUGGUCAGAAAUCUAAGGGAAAAGGAAAGAAAAAUAUGUAUAAAGGCAUGCAUCCUCUUCGAAAAAUGUACUACAUUUUGUGGAACUUUACAGGAAAGAUUCUUUGGUUCAGCUCAUGCCUGGUCUUUAUGUACUUCGCUCCAGUCAACCUAUUGCUGUUCAAAGACCAAGAGAUGGUGCUUAAUAAGAUGGCGAUGCAGGGUUCAAUCCCUGGAAUGGGACCUCCAGGCAUGUAAACUCAGCAAAGACAGAGGUUGAAACAUAAUUGCUUGUUAAAAAUUUUGG